UCCCCUUCUACCCAGAGUCACUGCUGCGGCCGCCGCCAUUUUAGCGUUUUGUCAGAAGCGUCUGCGCCGCGAGGAAGAGCCCCUGCUGAUUUCCGUGCGGGCUGUGUCGAGAUGGUGAAGCUGUUCAUCGGAAACCUGCCCCGGGAGGCCACAGAGCAGGAGAUCCGCUCACUCUUUGAGCAGUAUGGGAAGGUGCUGGAAUGUGACAUCAUUAAGAACUACGGCUUUGUGCACAUAGAGGACAAGACGGCGGCCGAGGAUGCCAUCCGCAACCUGCACCACUACAAGCUGCACGGGGUGAACAUCAACGUGGAAGCCAGCAAGAAUAAGAGCAAAACCUCCACAAAGUUGCAUGUGGGCAACAUCAGUCCCACCUGUACCAACAAAGAGCUUCGGGCCAAGUUUGAGGAGUAUGGUCCAGUCAUUGAAUGUGACAUCGUGAAAGAUUAUGCCUUCGUACAUAUGGAGCGGGCGGAGGAUGCAGUGGAGGCCAUCAGGGGCCUUGACAACACAGAGUUUCAAGGCAAACGAAUGCACGUGCAGUUGUCCACCAGCCGGCUUAGGACUGCGCCCGGGAUGGGAGACCAGAGCGGCUGCUAUCGGUGCGGGAAAGAGGGGCACUGGUCCAAAGAGUGUCCGAUAGAUCGUUCGGGCCGAGUGGCAGACUUUACCGAGCAAUAUAAUGAGCAAUAUGGAGCAGUGCGUACACCUUACACCAUGAGCUAUGGGGAUUCGUUGUAUUACAACAACGCGUACGGAGCGCUCGAUGCCUACUACAAGCGCUGCCGUGCUGCCCGGUCCUAUGAGGCAGUGGCGGCUGCAGCUGCCUCUGCGUAUAAUUACGCAGAGCAGACCCUGUCCCAGCUGCCACAAGUCCAGAACACAGCCAUGGCCAGUCACCUCACCUCCACCUCUCUCGAUCCCUACGAUAGACACCUGUUGCCGACCUCAGGAGCUGCUGCUGCUACAGCCGCUGCUGCUGCAGCAGCCGCUGCUGCUGUUACCGCAGCUUCCACUUCAUAUUACGGGCGGGAUCGGAGCCCCCUGCGUCGCGCUACAGGCCCAGUCCCCACUGUUGGAGAGGGCUACGGUUACGGGCAUGAGAGUGAGUUGUCCCAAGCUUCGGCGGCCGCGCGGAAUUCCCUGUACGACAUGGCCCGGUAUGAGCGGGAGCAGUAUGCGGAUCGGGCGCGGUAUUCAGCCUUUUAAGGCUUGAGGUGGGAUGUGUGUGGGCUGAAAUUCCGAGCUGCGGUUGUGCAUGAGAAUACACCCUUCGUGGUACCCCAUCUCCGGGACGUUCUCGGCUCUGUACGUUCAGUCCCUCAGGAACCGUGGACCUUAAUUUACCUUGCUAAGUUCAGACCCACCUCUUCCUUUCCUCCUUCCUGCCCAUUUUCCCAUUCUUCCUGUUCUUUAAUACUUCUGUAGUUUCCCAUUUAUGUUCUGUUCUCCCAGCAGGCCUCAUUGUGUGCAGAAACUGUGGUGGGGGUUGUGCUGUCUCCCCGCCUCCUGCUUCCAGUGGGUGUUGGACUUGGGAAUGACCUUGAUGAGAGUGUCACUACUCCUGAGUCUUUAUGGCCCAAAGGCUUGUGGCGGGUAUACACAUAGAGUUGGAUAACUUUUUUUUUUUUUUUUUUCCGGUGAAAUAAAUGGUUUUUCAACUUAGGGUAUGUGUGCUUUGAGAGAGUUUUUGCUUGGGUUUGUGUCUGGAUUCUUUAUUUGUCCCUGGAAGAGAAGGGGAGGUUCAGGGAGCUUGACAUUGAACUCGGGGUGAACAUCAUUGCUGUUACUUUAUUGUAGAUAGAACUUAUAGGUACAAAAGGAAAAAGAGGUUGUGUGCAGAAGAACCCAAGUAGCCUUAUUCCAGUAAAGACUUCUUCCCACUAGUCCACAUUUGUAAUGAAACCAACUAGUUACUAGUAGUUUUGAGAUACAGGUUUUUCCUUGUCUGCAAAGCAAUCAUCAUGUACCUCUUACUACCAUUCUAACCACCCAGUCAGUACAUCAAGAGUGAUUUAUUGCCAAGGUAGAGUUCUAGGAAAAGGAAGUGUUUGAAGGAAUAGGUCAGCUUUCAUUUUUCAUGCCGUAUGGAAAAAUAAAGUUGUGGCUCUGUCAGCAUUCUGCUGCUACCUUAGGCCAAUAGGUAACAUAUUUUGAUGCCUUUCGCCAUGUUUUUAUAGCUCUGCCAAAAUCCAAAGAAUACCUGAAUGGUACCAUUAGCACCUCAUUAACUUGUACUUAGAGCCUUUAGAAUGAUAGGUACAGAAAAGGACCCAGCAAUGAGCUUUAGAAUAUUUAGUAAGGUGCAUGGGGAUGAGUGCAAGAAUGAGCCACUGCCUUUCAGUUCCAGGCUUCUGUCAGAUUGUCUCCCAGAUUUUUUUUUCUUCUCUGUACCUUGGUGCGAAUUUUAACAUUAUAAAUAGUAAGGCUUUAUGUAGGGUAUUUUCUAGUACCAUUCAUUUAAUAAAUAUUGAGCAUCUAUGGUAUCCCUUAGGAAAGGUGGAUUGGGAUGGGCGAUAAAAACGAUCUGGUAUUUAGUGGAGCGAAUUCUCAAUUUUUCUACUUCAGGCUUCUACCUGUGACUGGUUCUAAUUCAUAGAUGGCCAAGAUGAAAAUAACUGUAUGUAUAUGACUUGUAACCUACUGAAUGUUUGCUCUGUAUGAAACCCCACGAUUGGUCAUUUGUUCUCAUUUAAUACUGCCAGCAACCAUUUUUCUGUAAAUUAUAAUGUUUGAUUUCUUUCACCCUCAAAAUACAAUCAAUUGCUGAACACA